GGCCCAGGUGCGCGCUGACCGCCGGGCUGUGUCCUGCUGCCGGUGAGGUAAGCGAGGUGCUCUCCGCUGGGACGGCUUUGGGCCGGCUCUCUGCGGAGUGCCGGGGGUCCUGGCGGCUCGGCGGCGGCUGCGAGGGAAAAGUUUUCUUGUGGAGUAGAGGUGGCUGCGUGAAGCGCUAUCCGGGCGGGCGCUGCCUGCGGGCGCGGCGGGGCUCGGAGGACUGCUGUGCGGCUGGGGGAGGCUCCCGGCAGAGUCCCGUGCAGCCUGGCCGCCGACCUGACCUUCAUCGGGUGCCCGGCGGCUCGCACCGCUGGAGGCUCGGCGAGCUGCCCCGCUCCCCGUCCGCCUCUCUCCGCAGCCGACGCCUCCGCUCCGCGGCGGGGACAGGGGCCCCUUUGUGUCGGCUCCGCCGCGGGCCGCUUCCCACUCUGAAACUGGAGCCGCGGGCUCUGGCAGCGCCGUGGCUGAGGGGCAGAGCGGCUUCCCCGGGGGAAGGGGCCUCGCUGGGGCCCAGGCGCGGGGGGGCUCUCGCCGUCCCCCUGCCGCGAGCCCGCCGUGAGGAACGGGGCAGCCCCGGCCCUGCUCUCCUCUUCCUCCCCGCCUGGCGGGAGGCAGCGGUCUCGGUGUCACGGCGGGCAGAGCCGGGCGGUGCCGGGCUGCGGCACACCGCUGGGGUUACCGUGUCCUCCCUGUCCUGGGCAGGAGAAAGCUGAUAAACACGGAGGUAUUAGUGGGCCUGAACAGCCGGCGCUCGGACUGUGAUUUGUUGUUGCUCGCAGGAGGAGGGAUCUGCUAUCUCCACAGGACCAUCAAUAAAUGAAGUUAGUGCGGCCCAAAUACAUUAACCAGUUUCACAAGUUUCUGUGCCAACUAUGUGUUCUUAGCUUGCCACAGUGCUAAAAGCUCUGCGUCUUCCCCGGGCGGGGGGGUGAGGAGGAGGUUGGCUGACCACCUCCAGGCACGCGCUGUGGCCUCUUCGUCCACGCUGUGAGCUCCGUGCCCAGUGGGCGCUCCCAGCUUUGAGCAGUAAGACGUGAGCCUCUCCCUUUCAGCUUCACCGCCAAUCUAAUUUGCACGAAGGAAUUUCUGAUACUGUGGUAAUUGAUUGCGAUGCAAAGUCCCAGCAGAGCCUCCCACUCCACCCUGGAAUUCAGAUGUCACCAAGAAGUCACUGAGCCCUACGACAACUGAAAUGUUUCUUGGUGCGUAAUGGGAGCAGAAUGCACCUCAGCGGUGUGUGGGCUAAAAUGACAGGGUCCGGCUGCUCCUCGCUCCAGUCUGUUUUACGGAGUUCAAGCUCAGGACAUAGUUGCCAGCUUCCUGCUGCUCCCGUCAUCUCGUUUUCAGCUUAACUAAAAUCUGCAAAAAUUCUCUGCUGCAAGAAAACGGGUGUGAUGUCAUCAGAAGAUGAUGCCGGUGGGGAGGCUCCUGAGGGUAGUUUCUGGGAGGCUGGAAACUACAGGCGGACAGUGAAGCGGGUGGAUGAUGGCUACCGGCUCUGCAAUGACUUAAUCUCCUGCUUCCAGGAGCGAGCCAAAAUAGAGAAGAACUAUGCCCAGCAGUUAACAGAGUGGUCCCGAAAGUGGAGGACCAAUGUGGAAAAAGGUCCACAAUACGGUACUCUGGAGAAGGCCUGGCAUGCCUUCUUGACAGCUGCGGACAAACUAAGUGAGAUUCAUUUAGUUGUCAGGAACCACCUGGCUGGAGAAGAUUCAGAUAAGAUCAAGGCCUGGCAGAAGGAGGCCUACCACAAGCAAAUAAUUGGGGGCUUCAAGGAGACAAAGGAGGCAGAGGAUGGGUUCCGCAAGGCUCAGAAGCCCUGGGUGAAGAAGAUGAAAGAUGUGGAGACUUCUAAGAAAAACUAUCAUGCAGCCCGGAAGGAGGAGAAAACAGCCCAUACAAGGGAGAAUCACGCCAAGGCAGACUCCUCUGUCUCACAGGAGCAGCUGCGCAAGUUGCAGGAGCGUGUUGAGAAGUGUACUCAAGAGGCUGAGAAGUGCAAGGAUCAAUAUGAGAAGAUGCUAGAAGAGCUGAACCGCUACAAUCCCCGCUACAUGGAGGACAUGGAGCAGGUGUUUGAGGGCUGUCAGGAAGCAGAGCGCAAGCGGUUGUGCUUCUUCAAGGAGAUGUUCCUGAAUCUGCACCAGCAUCUCAACCUCUCCACCAGUGAAAGCUUUCAAGCAUUGUAUCGAGAUCUCUAUCAAGUUAUCAUGGCUGCAGACAACCAGGAGGACCUGAAGUGGUGGCGUAACACUCACGGACCAGGCAUGGCCAUGAAUUGGCCUCAAUUUGAGGAAUGGUCCCUUGAAACACAGCGGCCAAUCACCAAGAAGGAAAAGAGUGGUAAGGUGGCCGAUGAUGUCACACUGACCAGCAUUUUGCCUACACGGGAUGGUGUUGUUUCACAGACUCCUCUACAGACGAGGCAAGGGUCUUUCUAUCAAGAGGAGCAGAACAGCCUCUAUGACAGCCUGAGGGCACCCACAUUUGUGAAUGGAGGGAAGGAAGAUAUUUCGGAGUGGUCAGAUGAGGACACUCCAAAGAAGUACCUGGAUGCCAACGGGCAUGAGGAGGACAUAAAGGUACCAGGUGUACGGGUACGAGCACUGUAUGAUUACACAGGACAGGAGGCAGAUGAGCUGAGCUUUAAAGCAGGUGAAGAACUAAUGAAGAUUAGUGAGGAAGAUGAGCAGGGAUGGUGCAAGGGCCGACUUCUCACUGGCCACGUUGGACUCUAUCCUGCUAACUAUGUUGAGAAGGUUGGCUUAUGAUUACAACUGCCCUGCCAGUGUCUCACAUCCAUACCAGCAUCUCCUGCAGAGGUCACUGGGUCACUGCUGGCUCCAGUCCACCUCUGCAAUAUAUCCAGCAACUUCUGGACUCUGAGGGCCUGUAUUCCAUGUAACUAAUGCUUCAUUUUAAAUGCCUAGACUUGUAGGGAUUUUCUAAUAAAUAAACAAGGAUGAAUAAGA